GUCCCGCGCACGUGUAAUAUGUCGACACACGUCGUCGUUGUCGUAUAUUUACCUAAUUAUUUUAAACGUUUGUCUGCUAUAAAAAACAGUUUUUUUCUGGCCACAAUAGCAGGAUCAUCAAUAUUAACGGAAAUUUCUCGGUAAUGUAUGGAAUUAUUGAGUUUUAAAAUCAAUAAUCGUAUACUCUGUCGAUUUAAAUAAAAUUCUUAGAUUCGUAACAAAUCGAGAAACGUAUUAUCCCAACCUUAGUAAUACAUUCGGGUUUUCUGAUGGAUUACGUCCGUGAAGAAGUGAUCGAUGAAGAAUAUCCAGUAUACGUGCCGUGGACACCGUCCAAAUUACCGGAUGGAUCCGAUCCCAAUGGCUACGAACCGGGCAAAGAGGAAUGGUGCGAGGGUUGUAAAAAGUGUCAGUGUGUUGAAUGUCAAUUAAAAUGCACGUCCCCAAAAUUGUCGAAGUUUUGGAUGAUUUUAUACAGAUGGGUACCAUUCGUCAACUGUGGUAGGAUUGCAUGCUGUGCCGUAGCCAAAUUGAAUCAUGACAGACUGAAACAGCAACAGGCUCAAGAUCUGCCCGUUGUUGAGCUAACUAAACGCCGAGUGACGGCGAUGGAAUCGUCGCGACUUUUAUGGGCCUUUAAGUACUUGAUUUGCAACCUAUGCUUGGUCUCGAUGGCCAACGAAAACUUACCAAACUGUAGCCGUCCGGUAAGCUAUUGUUCCGCAAAAUGUUUUGGCAAUACAUUUGUUGAGAAAUGCCAUUGUGUCAAUUGGGAAAAAUUGAAGAUGAGCCGGCGAUACGUGGCGAAAGGUAAGAGUAGUGAUAGCUUAACUGAGACCAUCAGCUGGCUAAAUAUUUUUUCCAUCAUGUGGUCAUCAUACAUGUAGGGGAUGUUUACAGUUAUUUAGGCAAUAUUAAUAUAUAUUAUUAUUAUUGUUAUUAAAUUACUCGUAGCGUUUGUUUAAGUAAAUACUAUCCAACCUUUUAGCCACUAUGCGGACCAUUUGGCAACUUUACGGAGAAUUCUAAUAUCACUGAUAACCUAUGAUAAGUCCAUAAUUGACCAAUACGGUUGGGAAGCACUGGUUUAAGUAUAGUUGAUAAGUACAAUGCAGUCAUAGAUAAUAAAAUAAUGGAUAGGACAUGAUGGUUUACCAGUGAAGACGUAAUAAUGAAAUAGAUGAAAAUUACUUUAUCACAGUGGUUAUCAUAUAGAAUAGUGUAAACAAAUGGCCUCAAUUUCCUAUCAAGUUGUACCGCAAAACUGUAAUGUCUUAUCCAUUAUUUUAUUAUCUAUGGAUACAGUACAAUAAUAGCACAGAAAGUCACAAGAACAGACUGUUUAGAUUCCAAUUGGUAUCUUCUUAGAACCUCCCAACAGAAAACAUUUUAAUUUUUCGGGGAAUCGACUUUUUCAGUUCAAUUAAUACGUGCCUGGAGUUUACCACUGGGAAGUAUUUUGACUUUCGUGGGAACUUCCAUUUAUUAUUAUUACUUAAAUUAAUUAGAGGGAUUGAGGAGUAUCACCCUGCUCUCUACCCUCCCUUUUAACCCCCUCACCACAUACUUCCCGUCUUAAGACGGGUACAUGUAUACUAUUUAGAAACUCGCAGUCACUAAAACUUUGUCCAUUAAUCGUAGGAGUAAAUUUCGGAGGAGGAAGCACUAAUAAUUCUUAUAUUAUCGACUGUUUUUUAAAGUGAUAAAAUACACAGAAAUUCUCAUUUCCCAUUUCCAGAUACGUGUCUUGGUUAUGGUAGUGGUGUCCACUAUUCAGAGGAGGUUCAGUUUGUAGUUUACAAUUCCCGUUUCCAAAAAAAUCCACAAGUUUGAGGUAUUACUGCAUAUUAUAUAGUAUUUAAAAUUGAUUUUAUGAUAACUUAUAUAUCCAUGAAACGAUUUAUGUUCUCUUCAAUGUAGUAGAUAGUGUAGUGGUUAGGCAGGGUAAAAUGUUAGAUCGUGGGAAUGCUCUGAUAUUCAGAAUUAUUUCCAGAAAAGGUCUUUGUGUUGUUACGGUAAAAUACAGUUUAUUCGAUGAUGAGUAUACGAUAAUAGGAAUUAUCGUAUAUUGCUCAAAUCAAUUUUAAUUCAUUUUUUAUUUUAAUUAUAAUUGUGACAUUUACUGUGAUUUUAAUUUGUGAUAUUAUUGAAUAAUUAUAACUAGAUAUUUAAUAUGUGUUUUGUUAGAAACAUUAUUAUUAACACAAUUAUUGUCAAACAUUAAAGCUAUUUUUCUAUUCACUGGUAAUAUUAUUUUAUUAAAGUUUGGUUCAUAGUAAAUAUUACUAUUGGCAGAAUUUAUAACCAUCGGGGAAACUUGUGAUCGGUAAACUCAGAUAAGAGCUAUAUAAAAAGCACGAAAAUACUAAAAAAACAAUAUAAGCACCAAUGCAGGUCUUAUUUUUUGCUGCAUAAAGCAUAAAAAUAUAUCAUCAUUAUACCGAAAUAUCAUGUAUCUAAUAUAAAUAAUUGUAUUUACCCAUAGAUAACUUAAUCUAACCGAAAGAUAUAUUCCACUCUGCCCUCCUCCUAUUCCCAUCAUGUCAUGAGUACUGAAAUGACUGCGUUUAAUAACAUAAUGAAUAUACAACAUUUAUUAUAAAUAAAAACUUAUAGUAAUAUGAUAUUAAAUACAAUUUAGAAACAAAAAUUCGGACCUAAGUAACUUAACUUCUCGACUAGGUACCUUAUUUGGGUGUACAUAUUUUUAUCAACGAUUUUUUUUUUUAUCAUUUAGCAGUAAUAAAACAUAAUAUUUCCAUUUUGUAUAAUAAAUAAAAUCAUAUAAUUAUAAUACCUACGUAUAAGAUUAAACGGUUUGACGUUUUAAAGUAUAGACGGACACCGGGACAUCUAAUACUGUAACUGCAACACCAGGUGCAUACACAAAAAAUAUUUUAGGAAAUGGUUUAAGGUUUUUAAGGUUAAACCACUCGUGUUUCGAUACUUAAUAAAAACUUACAUAAAAAUGAUCCUAAAGUUUCAGGGGAGGGGUGGGUUGAAUCCAUAAAACCCCCUUGUGUACGCGUCUAUACAUAAAUAUAAUAAUAAUAUAAAUAAUUAUAGAAUAUGUUAUUGUAUAUCGAAACAAUAAAUAAAAAUAAAAUAUUGAUCGGUUAAUACUGUAUCGGUAUUUUAUUUUCGUAGGUAUGUUAUUAGAGAAAACAAUAAAUGAUAUAAAAUAUAUACAUGUAUAUUUCAUAUUAAGCAUUAUGGUUGUUAUUAUUUUAGGUAUGAAAAAAUAAUUAUAUUUAAGUAGAUACUCAUCAACAGUUAGGUAUCUAUUAUAACGUACUGUAGAUUUCUAACUAUAGUGAUAGGAAACGUAGACAUUUUGAUCUGCUAGAAAUGUACGUGGGAAUUUUGGGAAUAUGGCGAUAAGUGUAAUAGAUCUGUUAGUCUUUUGUAGCAAUAUUAUGUGAACUUCCAUUAUAUAUUUUUCGAAAUUGAUUUGUACAUCAGUCAUACAAAAUACAUAAAUAAAUUGAUUGGUUUGGGAUAUAUUAUCUUUUGUGUCCGUUUUUAAAAAUGUUAAAGUUCUUAGGGAGGUUAAACUAAAAUUAAGCUCUCCAAACUUUCUAACUUAUUAUUAAUUUGUAUUUUAUUAUAUAUUUAAUGUUUUAGUUAUGUUUAUAUAUUUUUUUUAGAUGCUGGAAGAAAAAAAUUCAACUCAAACUAUUCUGACGAACAAAUUGAGAAGGAUACUUGCAAUUGGCUCCGUCAAGCUAUUGACAGAUUUAAUAAAAAAAAAAACAACAAAAACAAAAGUUGUUUUAGUUUAAUACUCAAUAAAAUAUCAAAUAUAAAAGGAUAUAAAUAAAAAAUAAAUAAAUAACG